AUGGGCCUCGUCCAGGUCGAGCAAGCCACCUGCGCCAGCUUGACGAGCCAUUUUGGGACGAAUUACAGUGAUGGUUGCGGCGUCGACUUCGACCGAUCCCUCUGCUGGCAACCGGCCAAAUAUGGCGAGGUUGCCGAGCGAAGUUGCCCCUUCACCUAUUGCCCCGAGGUGCCCGGAUGCGCGGAGUUGGCCAAAAGCCUCGUUCUACGAACAUGCCUCACGACCGGUUGGAAUAAGACGGACUACGGGCAAUGUAUUAAUAUUAUCAAGGACCACCGAGAAUGUAUAGUCGGCUUUUGUAACCGGUGUCCUGACACGAUGCGUGACAUCGUUAUCGCCGUCUCCCUGACGUUAUCCGUCAUUUCGGUGGUCCUUCUGCUCGCCGCAAUUAUUUUAUUCUCCAUCUUCGACUCGAUCCAGUGCAGAAGAUUAUCAAUCCACAAAAACCUCGCGGUGGCCUUCGUUUUUCGAUUCAUCUUCCUCGGAAUUUGGACGGUCACCCAGAAUUCGGCAGCGUUCAACGACUGCAAUCUGUAUUCCGGAUAUAUGCACCAUUUGGAAUGGCUCUGCAAAUCUAUACUUUGGUGCGUCAUCUACUUCCAAGUCGCGUCAGUGAUGUGGAUGCUGAUCGAGGGGGCAUAUCUCUACUCUCGUUUUACCGUAUUCGCCAUGCGACACAGCGACGCACCAUACGCGAUCUACAUGUUUUGUGGUUGGGGCGUCCCCGCAAUCGUCGUGAUGGCCUGGACGAUCAUCCACCACUUCAAAAUGCAAAAUGUAGCCGAUGGAUUUUGCUGGUUACCAUAUGCCCAAGGACCGCAUUUGUGGAUCUUGGCUGGGACGAUGGGCCUGGCAUUGAUUCUCAAUCUCGUCUUCCUGCUCCUAAUCGUCGCCAUCUUGGUUCAAAAACUGAGGACAGAAAACACGGCUGAAUCCAAAAAGAUUUGGAGAACGAUCAAAGCGACGCUGCUGCUCGUGCCGUUGUUAGGAAUCUCAAACAUUCCUCUUUUCUACGAGCCCGAAAAUCGGACAGCGUUUUACAUGCUCGGAUCUGCGAUACUUCAGCACUCACAGGGUAUCUUCAUCGCCGUCCUCUACUGUUUCCUCAACUCCGAGGUGCAGAACGCGAUCAAGCGGCACACCAAGUUCAGCAAGCUCCCAAUCGCCAACUAUUUUGUGGGUCGUCGGCAACGCUUUGAAACUGAGCGAACAUAUGUUCCACCUGACAACCAGUCCACGGCCACAAACCACAAGCUAGGCGUUCCUAUGGCGGAAUUGAACGGGACGGCGGCGGAUAAGUCGCCCAGCAAAGAUUCGAUGUCGAAUGGGACGAGCGCAAAGUUGGAACCGAUCCGGGAAAAGGAUGACGCGGGCAGUCAGGAGUUUAGC